AUGACAUUAGACUCCUCUUCCUCCAGCAUCCACUCCGAUACAGCUCCAACACCGACAUCUAAACCCCCUCCUCCCACCGACGCAUCCAACUUCCCAAAUGGCAAAAAAUCUCUCUCUGGAAUUUCUAUUCGAGCCUUUCUCCUCGGCACCACCUUAGGUCUCUCCAUCUUCCUCGCCAUUUCCCUCGCCUGGUUCGCCUCGAGCCCGCUCUGGCGCGUCCCGUUCUUCCUCGCCUCGCUCGCCCUCUUCCACUUUCUCGAGUUCUGGGUCACAGCCGAAUACAACACCCGCCUCGCGUCUGUAUCCGCAUUUCUUCUUUCCUCGAACGGAUGGGCAUAUAAUGUCGCGCACGGGUCUGCGGUCGUGGAGUGUAUUAUAUCCUACACCUUUUUCCCGGGGAGCUGGUACCCGAAUUUGACGGAGCCGGUGCCCGGGAUCAAGGUGCAGGUAGUAAUUGGGGUAUUGUUAAUGGUAGUGGGACAGGUAGUCCGAACACUGGCAAUGGCGCAGGCGGGAAGUAACUUCAACCAUACGGUGCAGGUUGAGCUUCGCGAAGGUCACCAACUGGUAAAGAAUGGAGUGUAUGCGUUCCUACGGCAUCCGAGCUAUUUUGGCUUCUUCUGGUGGGGAUUAGGCACGCAAUUGGUGCUUGGGAAUGUGGUUUGCUUCGUGGGCUACGCGCUGGUCCUGUGGAGGUUUUUUUCAAGUCGGAUACAGAGGGAGGAGAGGUUUUUGAUUUGUUUCUUUGGAGAUGAAUACGUUGAAUACAAAAAGACAACUCGGGUGGGAAUCCCAGCCAUUCCCUAA